GCCGAGCCCGCCCGAAGCGGGCAGAGCGCGGCUGGGCGUUGGGCCCGUCCGAGCCCGCGCCAUGGCUGCGGAGGGCACAGCCGUGGCCGGAGGCGGGGCUGUCUGCGGCCGCCUGGCCAAGGACAGCUCGCAGCAGUCUCAGUGCCCGGACGCGGCCCCGAACCGGCGGCGCGCCUCGUCGCUGUCGCGGGACGCCGAGCGCCGAGCCUACCAGUGGUGCCGGGAGUACCUGGGCGGGGCCUGGCGCCAAGUGCGGCCCGAGGAGCUGAGGGUUUACCCCGUGAGCGGAGGCCUCAGUAACCUGCUCUUCCGCUGCUCGCUCCCGGACCACCUGCCCAGCGUUGGUGAGGAACCCCGGGAGGUGCUGCUACGGCUGUAUGGGGCCAUCCUUCAGGGCGUGGACUCGCUAGUCCUCGAAAGCGUGAUGUUUGCCAUCCUUGCGGAGCGGUCACUGGGGCCCCAGCUCUACGGAGUCUUUCCAGAGGGCCGGCUGGAACAGUACAUCCCAGUACGAGCCCAGCCCGGCCCUCUCCUCCCCCAGUCCCCACGCCCCUCCCCAAUGUGUGCCUUCACAUCCCUCACCCCAGGUUCCUGGGUGCAGAGCCGGCCACUGAAAACUCAAGAACUCCAAGAGCCAGUGUUGUCAGCAGCCAUCGCUAUGAAGAUGGCCAGGUUCCAUGGCAUGGAGAUGCCUUUUACCAAGGAGCCCCACUGGCUGUUUGGGACCAUGGAGCGGUACCUAAAGCAGAUCCAGGACCUGCCCCCCACUGACCUUCCCCAGAUGAACCUCCUGGAGAUGUACAGCCUGAAGGAUGAGAUGGGCAACCUCAGGACCCAUGCUCCUGUACCCUGCAGGAAGUUGCUAGAUUCUACCCCAUCGCCAGUGGUCUUCUGCCACAAUGACAUCCAGGAAGGGAACAUCUUACUGCUCUCAGAGCCUGAAAAUGCUGACAGCCUCAUGCUGGUGGACUUUGAGUACAGCAGUUAUAACUACAGGGGCUUUGACAUUGGGAACCAUUUUUGUGAGUGGGUUUAUGAUUAUACUCACGAGGAAUGGCCUUUCUACAAAGCAAAGCCUACAGACUAUCCCACUCAGGAGCAGCAGCUCCACUUUAUUCGCCAUUACCUGGCAGAGGUAAAGAAAGGUGAGACCAUCUCCCGAGAGGAGCAGAGAAAACUGGAAGAAGAUUUGCUAGUGGAGGCCAAUCGGUAUGCUCUGGCAUCCCAUUUCUUCUGGGGUCUGUGGUCUAUCCUCCAGGCAUCCAUGUCCACCAUAGAAUUUGGUUACUUGGAGUACGCCCAGUCUCGGUUCCAGUUCUACUUCCAGCAGAAGGGACAGCUGACCAGCUUCCACCCCUCAUCUUGACACUCCACUCUCCCACUCCUGGGAUUUCUCCUGAAGCCUCCAGGGCAGGACCUUGGAGGGAGGGACAAAGAGCAGGAGGCCCUGGGGACUGGGCUGAGCCCCCAACUGAGACUGGGGUUGAGGAGGCUUGACCUCUCCCAACCAAGUUUAAGUAGGUCCUCAUGGUGCACAGGAGGGAAGCCCCUGGGCUGUAUAUCUUAAGACAAUAAAAGAACUUCUGCAUUCA